GCCAUGUCCUGUUACGGAACGGUGCCUCGCCCCUAGCCAUCCCUCCCAUCGGCAGCUGCGGCCCUCAAAGCUCUGACCCAAUAGGAUUCAGAUGGCGUCCAUGCGGGAGAGCGACACCGGCCUGUGGCUGCACAACAAGUUGGGGGCGACGGACGAACUGUGGGCGCCGCCGAGCAUCGCGUCGCUGCUCACGGCCACGGUCAUCGACAACAUCCGCCUCUGCUUCCACAACCUCUCGUCUGCCGUGAAACUGAAGCUACUGCUCGGGACCCUGCAUCUCCCUCGGCGCGCCGUGGAUGAGAUGAAAGGAGCAUUGACUGAAAUUAUCCAGCUUGCAACCUUGGAUUCAGACCCUUGGGUCUUAAUGGUAGCUGAUAUUUUAAAAUCCUUUCCAGAUACCGGUUCACUUAACCUUGAUCUUGAAGAACAGAAUCCCAAUGUUCAGGAUAUUUUAGGAGAGCUUAGAGAAAAAGUUAGCGAAUGUGAAGCAUCUGCUAUGUUGCCUUUGGAAUGUCAGUACUUAAACAAAAAUGCCUUGACCACUCUUGCUGGACCACUCACGCCCCCUGUGAAACAUUUUCAGCUGAAAAGAAAGCCUAAAAGUGCCACUUUGAGAGCAGAGCUCUUACAGAAAUCCACAGAGACUGCCCAACAGCUCAAGAAAACAGCUGGAGUACCUUUCCAUGCCAAAGGAAGAGGACUGGUCAAAAAAAUUGAUACCACAACACCUCUUAAAGGCAUCCCAAAACAGGCUCCUUUCAGAAGCCCAACCACACCCAGUGUUUUUAGUCCUGCUGGAAACCGGACUCCCAUCCCUCCUUCUCGAACUCCUCUACUACGAAAAGAACGGGGAGUAAAGUUACUAGAUAUUUCAGAGCUGGAUAUGGUUGGUGCAGGCCGAGAGGCAAAAAGAAGAAGAAAGACUUUAGAUACAGAAGUUGUGGAAAAGCAAGCCAAAGAAGAAACAGUUGUCGAAAAUGCUACUCCUGAUUAUGCUGCCGGCCUUGUUUCUACCCAGAAACUUGGUUCUUUGAACAAUGAGCCUGCACUACCCUCUACAAGCUACUUGCCUGCAACACCUAGUGUGGUUCCAUCAUCAUCCUAUAUACCAAGUUCUGAAACACAGCCAGCUCCUUCAGCUCGAGAGAACCUGCAGACUAUCCGGCAGCCAGAUGAGCCUGCAACCCCAAACACUGCUCUUCCUGCUCAGUUCAAGCAGAGAACCCCCAUGUACAACAGCAACGCCAACCCUGCUCCUGCGGUCGCCGCUCCACCUACCUCACCUCUGACCCCGACAACCCUGCCAGCCAUCGCCCCCGCGGCACAGACUCCUCCGGUGGUGCCCCAGACCCAGCCGGCCCCGCCACAGCAACCCAAGAAAGGCCUCUCCCUCACGAGGGAGCAGAUGUGUGCUGCACAAGAAAUGUUCAAGACUGCAAACAAGGUGACCAGGCCCGAGAAAGCACUCAUCUUGGGCUUCAUGGCAGGAUCCAGGGAGAACCCUUGCCAAGAGCAGGGUGACAUCAUUCAGAUCAAGCUCAGUGAGCACACGGAAGUUCUCGACAAAGCUGACGGCACAGGAAGCACCACCAUGUUAGUCGAUACAGUCUUUGAAAUGAACUACGCCACUGGCCAGUGGACCAGGCUCAAGAAGUACAAGCCCAUAACUAACGUUUCGUAGAGGACCCAGGACGAGACUUCGGGGACCAAGCCAAGCACGGGCAGCCACCUCUGCUGAAGAGAAAGCGGAGACGGCCCUUGGCAAGCAAGGGCAUCCACGCUCUCUUUCUUGUUCCCUUCCAGGCUCGCUUUUACCCAUCCCCCCUCGGGAGUGUGCUCUGCCUGACAGCUGCACAGACUGAGGCUGGGAGAUGAGGAGGGCUUCCUAAAAGGAAAAGAUGGAUUGAGAGAGGGUCCGGUCUUAGUCCUCUUUCCCUAAGAACUUCCUCUCUGGCCGAGCAGAGCUCCAUUCCAAAAUUGGGGAGAAAACACAAUUUCUGGGAUUGCUUUCAAAUUUUCUCUAAAGCCAAGAUGAUAAAUACCCCGCUGAUUUGUACAACUUUGUGCUUAGCUCAUUUUGCUAGGGGGAAAAUGGCAUUCGAGGGAGCUGGGGAAUCCUGCGCAGUGUGAAUGUAUUAGUAUCAGUGCACUGUAAGUGGGGACUCCCUGGGAAGAGCAGGCAUCUCUAACUUAGGCGGCACCCGAGACCUCACUUGGCCUUCAGUAUUGGGAUGUCACAUAUUGCCAAAAGGAGCACUCAGACUGCUUGCAAGCCACCUGACCGGCCCUGGCCCUGCUGGCGGUCUGGCCGGACCAGGCUGGUGUCUGCCCACAGAAAUGGCAUGGGAUUGUAGGCCAGGACCCGCGGGGCACGGCUGCCGUAGCAGGCCUUCGACUUCUCCGUGGGGUGGAGGGAUUGCUUGUGCCUGGGGGCGAGAGGUGGGAAGGUCAGAACGGCUGAGAAGCCGCUCAGCCCUGGCCGCCAAAACUUAGGGUGAGGUUCCUUGAUAGGCCUGUGCUCAGGCCAGGGGUGGGAAUGCCAUUGGGUGCCCCGGAGUAGGGAGCGUGGGAACGGUGCUGGCCAUUGGGGCGCCCUUUGCUUGCUGGGUCAAGCCUUAAGAAGUACUCGAGGUCUUGUGUGCAUGUGUGUGUGCACGUGAGCAUACGCCGCAGCCGUGGCCCUCGCUGCUGGUUCCUGCAGUCAUUUCGUCAAGGGGGCACUUGGAGAGAGGCAGCCCUUCUCUUUGAAUGCAUUCUAGCUUUUCCUUUUUGGUUCAAGUCUGAAACAGUCGAUCUUUCGUCGGGGAGAGAGGGUUGGAUCAAUCGUUUAGAGGCGCACAGCCAAACGCUGCCUCUGAAGAGGAAUGUUUACAUGCGUAGAGCUUCAGCUGGGAGCCGCGGCACAAGGGCUGACCCCGGCACAAAGAGGCCUUCUGUGACUGGUGCUUCCGGGGGGUCAUUUCAGAGCCACCCUGUAUUCUGUGACCACUCCUGACUGGGCAGUGUGGAGGUACAGCCUGUGUUAGUUUUUAGAGUAAGCCCUCGGGAAUGAAUGGGAAGGCUGCUUUUAGGUAAUUGGGGGGUGGGUGUUGGGAGAGCAGUAGACAACACUUGGGGUUGGCUUUUUUUUUUUUAAUUGUUUUGUUUUUGAAUUUAAUGUUACAUUUUGCAAAGCUAAAUUUAACCAAAAAAAAAUUAGUUUUUCCUUAAUUUUAGUGACUGAUAUUCCUGUUGGCCUUUUAUCCAACUUAAAUUUUUUAAAAAAGAAAUUCUGGUAAUUGUUAACUGAGUUAUUUUUCUACUAAAAUGUUUCAGUGUGCUGGUAGAAAGUUAACUGCUUUAACCGCAGGUGCUGGCUACAAGCGUGAAACAUGAAUGGUGUUUGAAACUUGCAGCCUUUGGGAUUCAGAGAGUUCUUUGCCUCCCGUGGUGUGGGCUCAGACCAGAUUGAGUGACCAGUACGGCCACUCCCUUCCUCCAGAGUUGAGCAUAGUGUCCCUGGGGUCUCUGGAUGGAUCACAAGGCGAUUCACUAUAGAAGUGACGAUUCCUAUGGGGUGUCGGGGCCAAAUUCAGUCACUGGAGGAGCACAUAGGCAAAGGAUAGGGGAUGGCUGCAGCCCCCUGCAGAGGGGUUUCCCACUUCCUGAGCCAAGACUUUCUGUGCGUAUUAAUAUUGUAUUUCAGUAGAUAUCAAAAUACGUGAUCAGAAUUAGAAUAAACAGGAAUGUUACCUCCCACAUUUAUAAAGCAAAGGCCUAUUAUUGCUGCCCCUUAGCAAAAUACUUUGUUCCUUUAACUUUCUCAAUCCAGCUAACACUUUGAGGGGAGGGGUUUAGUUUAGUUUAGUUUCAUAGGGUUUAAUGAAGCAAAGAAGCUAAGACAGUAGUCUGUCUAUUUUUGAAAUUAUUCUAUUAAGAAGUUGCUUAAACACAGAAGAUCCUCUGUCCCUUGGUUGGGUCAGUCCAUACUGCAUUUAGGGGCCAUCACAGCGUCAGACAAUUCAGAAGAAAGCAAGAUGUAUUUCCUGCAUUUGAUUCUCUAGGGAACACAAGCGUUUUACCGUUUUGUGAGGAAACGCUCUCACCCUCUGAACUGUAUGUUUGCUUUGGUGUGCUGCUGCCAGGCCCUCAGCAGCGUGACAGGGUCCCCAGAGCCAGAGGGCAGCACUUUUCCUGGAGCCAUAGAUGAGAAAAAGACCUUUUCCAUCCUCUACCCUGAACACCGAAUGGUUCCUCGGCCUGAAUCGUGGGAAAUGCAGAUGGCUUCUCUGGCUGGACCGAACACCUGGUGCCAUCCAGGUUUGCAGCCCUCAAGGCUGAGAAACAUUUUCAAAGCAAGAUUUGACUGGUAAGAGCUAAACCAUCAUCAGCCAGCCAGACUGCCCCCAUCCCAUUAAUCUGGUGCCUUUGAUUAUAGAAAAGAAAAAGUCAUUUUGUAAAAUGUUCAUCUCCAGCAGAGCCCCUUAUGUUUUCUAUUCUUGGUUUUUGUACAGUUGUAAAAAUAUUGCAGAUCUUCUGUCUCUGGGUACGUAUUUUCAGUGUGAUACACUCUGUAUAAUAAUAAAAAGUUUAGAUUUU